CCGUAUAUCUGUUCGAAAGCGCUAGGGUUAACAAAUUCUCGUUCCAUCACCUCCUCUAAGUAGCUUGAAAAUGCCUCGUUAUGACGAUCGAUAUGGUAGUAAGACACGUCUGUAUGUCGGUCGCUUGUCUACCCGAACACGUUCGCGUGAUCUGGAACGCCUUUUCAGCAGAUAUGGGAGAGUACGAGAUGUGGAUAUGAAGCGCGAUUAUGCCUUUGUUGAAUUUAGUGAUCCCCGAGAUGCUGAUGAUGCUCAAUAUAGCCUAAACGGACGGGAUUUUGAUGGAAGCCGUGUUAUUGUGGAAUUUGCAAAGGGGGGGCCACGAGGUUAUGGUUCUGGUUCUGGUUCCGGUUCUGGUUCCCGAGAACUUUUGGGUAGAGGUCCUCCUCCUGGAUCUGGACGCUGCUUUAAUUGUGGCAUUGAUGGCCAUUGGGCCCGUGAUUGCAAAGCGGGAGACUGGAAGAACAAGUGUUAUCGUUGUGGAGAAAGAGGUCAUAUAGAAAAGAACUGCAAGAACAGUCCCAAGAAGAUAAAGCGUGGAAAAAGUUAUUCAUUAUCACCAGGUAGAUCAGUUUCCCCUCGCCGUGGCAGAAGCCGUAGCCGAAGUUACAGCCGAGGCCGCAGCUACAGCCGGUCAAGAUCCCCAUUAAGGAGAGAGAGAAGCCUUGAGCGUGAAGAGCGAUCACGGAGCCCUCGCAACAGAAGCCCUGAGCCUGCAAAGGGGAGAAAACGCAGCCUAACACCUGACGAAGAUAGCCCCCAGGAGAGACGCCCUCGCAACAGAAGCCCCGAGCCUGCAAAGGGGAGAAAACGUAGCCUAACACCUGAUGAAGGUAGUCCCGAGGAGAGACGCCCCACUUCUCCCAAAAAUGGUAGAUUGGCUGCUGAGCAAGAUGGGUCCAAUUACAGUGAGAGCCCUAGGAGAAAGAGCAGAAGUCCUUUUAGCCCUGAAAGAGAGUCUCCUGUCGAUAGGAGCUAUCCAAGUCCUGAAGCUAAUGGUCAUGGCCGCAGUGUCAGCCCUAAUGAUAAUGAUGAUAGGAGCCCUGUUGUUGAUGAAGAAGAUGGUGACAACGCCCGCUCUCCAAGAGGCAGUCUGUCACCCUGAAAUAUGUUUGUUGGAGGAAGUUUCAUGACUCUUUUGCAUAUACAUGGGCAUCUAUUAGAACAAACACCUGCUUGUAUUCAUGUGCAUUUUGUCAUAUUUUAAUUUGACUUCAAACUGGGUAAAACAUAAUUGGGAUAAAUGUGCAAGUUGAAUUUAUGAUGCUAGUUUUGCGAGUUUUCGCUUUCUCCCUUAUACAGGAAAAGCUUUAGCGACUUUGCCAGCCAA